AUGGGCUUCAAAUUUCUUUUGAUUACAAAGCUUUCAUUCCUUUUUGCUGCCGUUAUAGUUUCUGGGCUUGAUACCUGUACUGCAGGUGGUGAUGCAGUACAGUGCUGUGCCUCUGGUGGCUUCCCGAUCCCAGGAGCCCCCCCUACUAAGCGAACAUCCCACCGAGGUCUGUUUACCCGUGAUGCAGCUUGCCCUACCUCAAUUCAGUGUUGUGAGAAACAGUGUGGGAAUGGUUUUGAUCCCAACACGGACAAAUUGGACUCGUCUACCGCAAAGUUUGAGAUUGUUAAAUGCAAUACCUUCCCCGCAUUGAGUACAUCGACUGAGGAUUGCUUGAAGGUUUCGGCCGGUCCGAUCUUCGAUAACAAUAAUGUAGAACAGCCUCUCACUAACUACCACCUUGCUAUUGACGACGGUCCAAUUUCCGGUGCCCCUGGGCUAUACGAUAUUACCCAUAACCAUGCGUCAUGGUGCGACCAGCCAACGGCAUCUACCGUUGAGUGUUUUGUACCCUUCAGCUACCUCGAAUCACAAAUCUCUCCGCCUCCUUCUGAUUUAUGUCACGCCAAUAUGAACCUUGCAUUGAAUGUGGACAUUUCCUCGGCUACAUGCUCAAUUACGGGAGGUACUCUAACUGGGACGGGCAGCUUCUUCCAAUAUAUUCCGAUCACGUUCUCGUGUCAGGACACAACUACCUGCCAGACACAGUGCUGCUGCCCUCCACCCGCGACAUCUAAGAAGCCCUGCGCUGUCGGUAGCGCGUACGCCCGGUCGAGCAAUUCUCUUACUGACCUUGGGUGUGGGCACUGGGGCUGGUAUUUCAAGGGUGUGACGAGCGGCUUCUCCGCUGAUCUGGUACUGGGCCAAACUACAGUUAUCGGCACUGUGGACGUCACCAUUAGCGGCAACACUGUUAGCUGGGUCUACAACGUCGGGUCCGAUUAUGGAGUCAUUGAAGGACAUGCUGAUGUGAUUUGUGGAGGCGCUCAACUCCAACAUACAACUCCUCCAAAAACUGGGGAUGCUUGUGUCCCUGGCAAAUUCACAAAGAACUCUGGUUGUUUAACACCCGCUUCAGGUAGUGGCUGGUCAAGCAGUUACACAUGCAGCAAUGGCGGGCCAUACUCACUUGUUUUCCAUGCCAAGAUCGCCAAAUUUGUCGAUUCCACCAGCACCGAAACGUGCAAUCCUAUUGUAUGCCCAGACUCAAGCGAUUAA